GUGGUGACCCCCCUCCCAUCAGAGAACUAUACAAGUUCUGCACGCGCUAACCGCACAUCAGUCCGCUGUGUUCGGCGGGAAGCGCGCUACGGCACUUCUCCUCUGACAAGAGCUGCUCCAGUCUCACUAAGGACUCGUUCCCUGCUCAGCAACAUUUGACUUUGGGUCUUUGGAAGUGAAUAUACGACUCAUGAUUCGGACAGCUCGUGAAGACCAUAGCUCGUGGCAUUUUGACUGAAGACAUGUAUGACUGAGCUGAGGAGGAGAUUAACUGUCAUCGUUUGUUUUCUACGUGAUAUGUGUUUCACGUGCUUGCGCACCACAGUGAGGUAGUUUAACUUGGACUCUUUUUCGUGGACCGUUAACGUUUAAUGCCCUGGAUUUGGGUGAUUUAUACGGUGGAUGCGGCGGAAAGAAAUAUCGUUGUGUGAACACCGGUGCCGGUGAAAUGAAGUCUCUCAGUUUCCGAAAGUGGAAAUCCUCCCGGAGCGUUUGGAUUAUUUACCCAGAGAUGAUAUUUCUGCCGAUUCUUUGGUUUCUAUCCCAAACUCGGGCGGCCCCGUCUAUAUCAACCGAGCAGAUGGAUAUGGGGGUGGAUUGGCUGAGCAAAUAUGGUUACCUCCCACCACCUGAUCCUGUGAACGGACAGCUUCAGACAAAGGAAGCGCUGACCAAUGCCAUCAAAGCCAUGCAGAGGUUUGGAGGCCUGGAGGAAACUGGAGUUUUGGACCAAGCAACCUUGGGUUUAAUGAAGACCCCACGCUGCUCGCUGCCUGAUGUUUCGGAGCCAGAUAUGUUAGCAGGUCGAAGAAAAAGAGGGCUGGCUCCUCAGACCAAGUGGAACAAGAGACACCUUUCCUGGAGGGUGAGGACGUUUCCAAAAGAGUCAGUGCUUCUGGGACGGGACACGGUUCGGGCGCUCAUGUACUAUGCCCUCAAGGUGUGGAGUGACAUCGCCCCCCUCAACUUCCAUGAGGUGGCAGGGAAUGAGGCAGACAUCCAGAUUGACUUCACCAAAGCGGACCAUAAUGAUGGCUACCCUUUUGAUGGACCCGGUGGCACGGUUGCCCACGCAUUUUUUCCUGGAGAGCGAUUUACAGCCGGUGACACACACUUUGAUGAUGAUGAGGCCUGGACCUUUAGGUCGCCAGAUUCACACGGGAUGGAUCUUUUCGCAGUGGCUGUGCACGAGUUCGGUCAUGCCAUAGGGCUUGCUCACACUUCUGCCAUUGAAUCCAUCAUGCGUCCGUAUUACCAGGGGCCAGUGGGGGACCCGCUGAAGUACAACCUUCCGUACGAGGACAAGGUUCGAGUUUGGCAGCUUUACGGUGUUCGAGACUCUGUAUCGCACACAGCACAGCCAGAUGACCCCUCCCAAACGGCUGAACCUCCCGUCCUGCUUGACCUCCCAGAAAACAGAUCCACAAUCCCACCUGCCCGCGACGCCCCUGACCGAUGCACCAGUCACUUUGAUGCUGUAGCCCAGAUUCGAGGGGAGGCUUUCUUUUUCAAAGGAAAGUAUUUUUGGCGCCUUACACGUGAGAAGCACCUGGUGUCACUAAGGCCGGCUGAGAUCCAUCGUUUUUGGAGGGGGCUGCCCGCCAACCUGGACAGUGUGGAUGCUGUUUACGAGCGACCUGGAGACCAUAAAAUAGUUUUCUUUAAAGGAGGAAAAUAUUGGGUGUUCAAGGACAAUAAUGUCGAGGAGGGCUAUCCACGGCCCGUCAGCGACUUUGGCCUGCCCGUGGAAGGGGUGGAUGCGGUGUUCGUCUGGCUGCACAAUGAGAAGACGUACUUUUUCAAGGACAGCCGUUACUGGCGCUAUGACGAUCACCUGCGGCAAAUGGACCACGGGUACCCAAAAGACACAGCGCUCUGGAAGGGAAUCCCACCUCAGCUGGAUGAUGCCAUGCGAUGGUCUGACAGUGCAUCGUAUUUCUUCAGGGGAAAGGAGUACUGGCGUGUAGCGGGCAGCGAUAUGGAGGUUGAAACGGGUUAUCCCCGUUCCAUCGGCAAAGACUGGCUGGUGUGUUCAGAAAUGCAGUCGGACUCUCCGGAGACGCAGAAUAAUUCAAACACGAGGCUCCACGGGCAGCACCACGCGGACCACGCGGAAAAUGGCUACGAGGUGUGUUCGUGCACUUCAGACUCGGCCUCGCCACUGGGCACGCGACUAACCCUCUCGCCCGCCUGGAUCUUAGCGCCGCUCUGGACACUCGCGCUCUCUCUCUCCUCUACUCCCCUCUGAUAAGGGCAGAGCCACAGGCCUGUACUCAAAAACAUUUUAGGACUGAAGUAUACGGUAGCCUGUGGUUGAAGCGAGCAACGAGAGGAUCUGGAAUAGCCUCGGAGUGAUGGAACGGCCUCAGCACUUCAAUCAAUGAAAUGAUUGGCUCCCAUCUUUUUGUUUUGAUUGGUGGAAUAUUCUGUUUUAUUAUUACUAUUAUCAUUAUUUGCGAUUCUUUUUAAAUCAUUUUAGGAGAUUGCUAGGUACACAACCAGCAUUUUGAGCCGUUUUCAGGCACAGUAAUAAUUAUGAUCAUGAUUAAUAAUGUUAAAAAGUAGUGAUAUUGCUGAUAAUGGGAGGGUGACAGGAAUGUCUUUUAAAUAAGGGCUUCCUAUUGGCUGACAUUUAUGAGUCACAAUCUUAACCUUUCCCUGCUCCAAGUGCUUUAAAAAUCCAGUCGCUCGUUCAUUAUUGGCACUUUUUGGCCAUUUUCUUAUUACGAACAUAAUCCUUUGCGCAUUCUGCAAAUUCCUUAUUAUAAUCCAGCUCUCCGGUCCGUUUUUUCGCAGUGUAUAAGCAAUUAUACCUUUUAUAUCGACUGUAUUUUUGUAAGAAGCAUCACAGAUAUCAUCGCUUUAAGCAAUGACAGUUCUUAGAAUCGCAACUGACUUCAGUUUUAUAAUAAACAUCACUGUUGUUUAGUUUACCAAGGGCAUGCAUGAUUCACAUUCAUCUGUGGAUCACUAGCUGAAAAGAUUUUACAGCUUUGUUUAUAAAGGCAUUCACUAUUUUUUCUGUAUUUUAUCUUUGCAAUUCACAUUUUUCCGAUCAGAGAGCGUGAGACAUUUUGAGAAAUGCAGAUUGGGAGGAUAUUUGGCUGCCGAAAGUGCACUCCAAUCUUAUAUGGGAUAAAAGCUUAUAUACUAUAUAUAAAAACAUAUAUAUAUAUAUAUAUUUAAGGUAAAACUUCUAUGGCAGUUGCAAAAAACAAUGUAAAUUCUGAUCUGUCUUUUAUAUGGUGAAAUAUUUUUGUAGAAAAAAUAAAAAGGAGUGGGCAAGCUUG